UGCCAGCCACAUAUACCAGAGCAGGCAGGUUUGAAUCCAGCCUGGGGCUGCCAAACAAUGACAACUUCAACCAAAAAAUAGCUGGGCGUUGUGGCAGGUGACUGUAGUCCCAGCUACUUGGGAGGCUGAGGCAAGAGAAUUGCUUAAGAUGCCCCAGCACUCUACCCAGGGCAACAGCUUGACACUAUGCCUCAAAAAAAGAAAAAAAAAAAAAGCGUAGCCUUUUAAGCUAUCCAGACCGAGGUCAGCCUUGGCCCUGCCACUGACUAGCUGUGUGCGUCUGAGACGUUUGGGAUCCUUCAGUUCCCUCAUCUGUAAGUCAGCGUAACUCAACUAAAUGGCUCUUUGCAAAGGUUAAUUCUGGAAGUGUUGGAAAAUCCUACAGCACCAUGGAGCUUGCAGCCUUGUGGGGUAACACGAUGUGAUAGGGGAGCUCUGCCCGGUGCCUGACACUGGCCAGGGUUGCAGGUCCAGGAAGGAUGGGACCGGGUGAGGGUGAGACAGGGCCAGGCUGUGCACACAUUAUCUGCGACAAUAUUAAGACAAGCCUUUUGAGGGGACUUAACUUUUAUAGAAUGUGCUUCAUGCCACCGCCAAUGUAAUUACUAACCCGGGGGAGAGCGGAGACAGACCGGGAACACAUCCCGAGAGCAGCCGCCACAACCCCAAUGCCAAGCUUAUCGGGUUCCAGCCAACUUUUGCAGCCUUCGGGCCGCGCACGCGCAAUCGUUUCACCCCGCCCUCUGCUCUUCGGCCGCGGAUUGGUGGGGUUGGACCACGUGGGCGCACCUCGCCCCUUCCUCGCGGCAGGGUGCCCGCCCACCGGCUUGUUUCCGGUUCGGUGGGUUCAAGAUGACGGAGUCGGGCGCCUCUCCCGAAGACCCCUGGGUCAAGGCAAGCCCAGUGGAGUAUGCCUACAGCGACAACAGCCUGGACCCCGGGGUUUUUGUAGAAAGCACCCGGAAAGGGAGUGUAGUGUCCAGAGCUAAUAGCAUCGGUUCCACCAGUGCCUCUUCCGUCCCCAACACAGAUGACGAGGAAGACAGUGAUCACCACCAGGAGUCCUACAAGGAAUCUUAUAAGGACCGGCGGCGGCGAGCUCACACUCAGGCCGAGCAGAAGAGGAGGGACGCCAUCAAGAGAGGCUACGAUGACCUUCAGACCAUCGUCCCCACCUGCCAGCAGCAGGACUUCUCCAUUGGUUCCCAAAAGCUCAGCAAAGCCAUUGUUCUACAAAAGACCAUUGACUACAUCCAGUUUUUGCACAAGGAAAAGAAAAAGCAGGAGGAGGAAGUGUCCACACUACGGAAAGACGUCACGGCCCUAAAGAUCAUGAAAGUGAACUAUGAGCAGAUUGUGAAGGCACACCAGGACAACCCCCAUGAGGGGGAGGACCAGGUCUCUGAUCAGGUCAAGUUCAACGUGUUUCAAGGCAUCAUGGACUCUCUGUUCCAGUCCUUCAAUGCCUCCAUCUCCGUGGCCAGCUUCCAGGAGCUGUCAGCCUGUGUCUUCAGCUGGAUUGAGGAACACUGUAAGCCACAGACCUUACGGGAGAUCGUGAUUGGCGUCCUGCAUCAAUUGAAAAACCAGCUUUACUGACUGGCUUGUGGAAACCUGCAUAACAGCUGGCAAAAGGCCUUUAUGUCUAUUUGGCCAUGGAGUUGCUGGGCCCAUGAGCUUGGACUGCGACACCUCACACUGGUCAGCUGGUUUCUACUUGGCAUUUGGUUUACCCAGCCCCACUUCAUCAUUAGUAGGGCUGUGGUGUUUGUUUUGUGAAAGCUUCUGAUUAAUUUAUUAUUUUGACCAUAAAGCU